CAUGACACUCCACUAACACUUCUUGAUCGAUGAGUCAAUCAGCAUUACAGUUUGCUCACGGCAAAUCUAUAAGAAGACGUCGUUGAACCCAUGAAGCACCUGUGUUCUCUUGAAGUGUCAUAUUGUCGCUAAAACCAUCAUUACCUCCGAACAUCUCUUAAGGUGUUGCACCUCAACCAUGGCCGUGGAUCGCAAGCGCAAACGUGCAACCGAGGAGGUCGUUGCCGUCAAACCCAUCAAAGUCCCACGUGCCUUUCUCGAGACCACGCGAGACAUCGUCUCAGUCCCCGUCACCACACCCGGGAACGCCGAAGCCCAGCUCGAGCUCAUCGCACUCUCAGAUCGCACACUCUUUGAGAAGAAAGUCUGGUCUCUCUUAUGUCAAAUCCCGCCGGGUCAUGUAUCGACCUACGGGCUCAUGUCGGCACAUCUGAACUCAUCUCCGCGAGCCGUCGGUAACGCGCUGAGAAGAAAUCCAUUCGCACCCGGAGUCCCGUGUCAUAGAGUUGUGGCGACGGGCGGACAGCUUGGUGGUUUCAAAGGUCAUUGGUCCAGAAAUGGGGAGGGUAUCACUAUCGACGAAAAGAAAAAGCUAUUAGGAAAAGAAGGCGUCAAGAUUGAUCCGAGUGGAAAAGUGUUGGGGACGCCUUGGGCUGCUUUUGUUUGAUUCGAAUUUUGCUUGGGUUAGGAGUGGUCAACCGGAAAGAACCCAAACAUGGUGUUCGGGGUACAUAUUGAAUAAUAUUUAGAUGUAUUGAGCAGCGCGGACUGCGUUCUGAAGAUUACAUUCCUUCUAAUGACCAGUUCUCGGGUUUCCACCUGAUAAAUCAGGUACACACCUAUGGCAACCACUUUAGGUAGCUUUCAGGAGAACAGAAGAUAGCUCUGUUCCUCACCGUUACACCACACUUCCUAUCAAGGGACUGCUAUUGAUCACUAUAUGUUACGUGUCUAUCAUUUACUACAUUCG